GGAAUCGGCUGUGGGAAGUACGACGCGAAAGGUUCUAAGGCCCCUACGGUCAUGGCGGCGGCUGCCCCCAAGGCCGGGGCUUCGGCUCCCGAGGCGGCAGGUUCCGCCGAAGCUCCUCUGCAGUACAGCCUUCUUCUGCAGUACCUGGUGGGCGACAAGCGUCAGCCCCGGCUCCUGGAGCCCGGCAGCCUGGGCGGGAUCCCGAGUCCCUCCAAGAGCGAGGAGCAGAAGAUGAUCGAGAGGGCGAUGGAAAGCUGCGCCUUCAAGGCUGUGCUAGCCUGCGUGGGAGGAUUUGUCUUGGGAGGUGCAUUUGGGGUCUUUACUGCCGGCAUUGAUACGAAUGUAGGCUUUGACCCUAAGGACCCUUACCGGACACCAACCGCAAAAGAAGUUCUGAAAGACAUGGGACAAAGAGGAAUGUCCUACGCCAAAAAUUUUGCCAUUGUGGGCGCCAUGUUUUCGUGUACUGAGUGUUUGGUAGAAUCUUACCGGGGGAAGUCGGACUGGAAGAACAGCGUCAUCAGUGGCUGCAUCACCGGCGGAGCCAUUGGUUUCAGAGCUGGUGUGAAGGCCGGCGCCAUAGGCUGUGGGGGCUUUGCUGCUUUCUCUGCUGCAAUCGAUUAUUACCUACGCUGAAAGAAAUGGCCUGAGAGGAAGCAAGAUGCCGUCCACCUUCAGAGCUGGUUUUUGGAGCAGUUUCCACACACUUGGCAUUGCCUCAGGAGAGAAGCCAAUUGUUUCCCGCUACAGUUGGUGGUGUGAGGGAACCACCUCGCUGUCCUCUGCCUCCAGCCAUUGGAUCAGCCAUACUUUUCUACUUCUGAAUUCCAGCCAGGUUUUCCAGGGUAGCUGGUCUGUCUCCUUGCAGUAAAAAGAUCAGGAGGCAGUGUGUUGACUGUUAAGAACUGAGCUCAGUCCUGACGUCACUCAGCUCUCCAGCUGUGAACAGGGAGGUGGCAGGAUGUUUGCCCAUAGCCAGGAAACUCUUUUGCCUUGCAACUUUGUGCAAGCAUUCAUCUGAAUACCAGGGCAAGGCAAAGUAAACUUAUACCAUCCAGGCAAGUA